AUGAACCACACUUGCAUCUCACAAGCAGCCAACCUUACCACGACUCCUCUCGGGGGUCAUCAGGUAUGGGAGGUGGUUCUGAUCGUGCUUGUGACUGGACCCCUGUCUCUUAUUACCAUCCUGGGCAACGCCUUGGUGGUCAUCUCCAUCAGAGUCAACAGUCAGUUACAGACCAUCAGUAACUACUAUCUUCUGAGUCUGGCGGUGGCAGACUUGAUCUUGGGUACGGUGUCAAUGAAUCUAUAUACAGCAUACAUAAUCAUGGGCCGCUGGACACUGGGACAACUAGCUUGCGAUCUAUGGUUGACACUCGACUAUGUAGCGAGCAAUGCCUCAGUAAUGAACCUGCUGGUCAUAAGCUUCGACAGAUACUUCUCAGUCACACGACCACUGACUUAUCGAACAAAGCGAACUCCGAAGACAGCAGCAGCAUUGAUCGCUCUCGCAUGGGUGGUGUCGUUUGUGCUAUGGGGCCCUGCUAUCUUGUUUUGGCCUCAUGUGGUUGGACGACCAUCUGGAGCUGAAGCCCAGGCCUGUUCUAUCCCGUUCUUGAAGGUUCCUCCGCUUACAUACGGUACUGCAAUCGCUGCAUUCUACCUACCAGUCACUAUCAUGAUCAUUCUUUAUUGGCGAAUUUAUUGGGAAAUUGAGAACAGGUUGGACAAACAAUCAGUGUACCAAACCAGUACCAAGAGCAGCUUAAGUUGCUCAAAGGAAACAAAUUCCAGAAAAGGACAAGGCAAAACCAAAGACAAGUCUGUUGGGUGUUUCAAUUCAACGAAAAACAAAACCGCAGCCAUUUUGCAGAAGUCAGCUCAUGAGAGUUACAAAGAGGCUUACAGCAACAGUAGCUGGAACAUUGAAGACGAGGACGAAAGCGCAAAACAUGAGCAGAACAUCAAGGCGAGAGCAUCUUCAUCCAAUCCAACUGCAAUUGAGUUGACGGAUCUGCAAAGUAGAUCAGAGAACACCAAAGAUGUGCAAGAGUUCAACUCAUCAGCUGGGCGUCCCACCAGACACCAGUCCCACUUAAAACCACCCAAAAAUUCAGACCACAGCAUUUGCCACCAGUUCAGAGCUAAACAUCGCAUCAAUAUGAUCAUUAAAGAGAAAAAAGCGGCCCGGACACUAAGUGCCAUCUUGUUGGCUUUCAUCCUCACGUGGACGCCAUACAACAUCAUGGCUUUGGCUUCCAUUUCAUACUGUGUGCCAGAGAAGCUCUGGCAGCUGGGAUACUGGCUGUGUUAUGUAAACAGCACGGUCAACCCCAUGUGCUACGCCCUCUGCAACGAGUCCUUCCAGGUCACCUUCAAGGCACUGCUACUUUGUCGGCGUGUAGAUAAACGAAAGUGCGACACAAACAGCUGGAAUCGCCAUGCCUCUGUGAGGCAGAAUAAGUCUUGCAGUAAUGUGUAA